CUCAUCAAGGGCCUUGGAUCUUUCAACUCACUUCCCCACCUUAUCCAGAGUCUACUUCCAAAAAGAGCAUAUGCUCUUCCAUGGAUGCCUUUGAUUUCUCCUCCACCCACACUCACACUCAUACCACCAACACAACGUACCAAUAACUCACCACCAUAUUUGGAGAGAGAGUGUGAGACUCUACUAAUGGCUUCUGCAACAACUAGACCCACCUUCAGUUUCCACCUCUCAACCUCUCUCACUCAACCAUCAUCUCCAAAACCAAAACCCUCCCACCUCACUUUCCCACCUCUUCUCAACAAACACCAACCAACCCUCAAAUUCACUUCAAAGUCCAUUAAUGUCUCAAAAGAAGACAAACCCAUUUCAGAACUCCCCAAUUCACCAACACCCACCUCUGAUCCUGAGCCUCCACCACCAGAGACCGAAGUGUUCGACAAAAGGCGGCUAGAAGAAAAGUUUGCAGUACUAAACACUGGCAUAUACGAGUGCAGGUCCUGCGGGUACCGGUACGAUGAGGCUGCCGGAGACCCAUCGUAUCCGGUGCCACCGGGGCUGCCGUUCAACAAGUUGCCGGAGGACUGGCGGUGCCCGACGUGCGGGGCGGCGCAGAGUUUCUUCGAGAGCAAGAGUGUGGAGAUUUCUGGGUUUGCUCAGAACCAGCAGUUUGGAUUGGGUGGUAAUGCUCUCACCGCUGGCCAAAAGGCUGUGCUCAUAUAUGGUGGCUUGUUCUUAGGCUUUGUGUUGUUCUUAUCUGGUUAUUUUCUUCAAUAAUUGAGGGCUACUUGUUAUAUAUGAAAUGGGUAUAGGGUUUUUCUUUUUCUUUUCUUUUCUUUUUCUUUUGUAGUUUUUUGUGUUUUGUGACAUUUUGUUUAUGCACAUUGAAAAUGUAUUACUGGUUUGUGAGAUAAAAGAAUGGCAUAUUUUGUUUGAGUAGCUUAAAA